AUGCUCGAGCAGCUAUAUCAAAAGAGAGAAAUACCGCCUCUUUUAAGUUGGACUAAAGUAAUGGCUGCUACAGUGAUAUUGAUAGGUGUAGUUUCUAUUAUAUUUACUGUAAAAGCAGGCGUUAAUACUCCAAAGCCUUACAUUUCUAACUUGCUUUUAGUAGGAUCAGGCGUCAUUACAAUAACUGUUUUACAUAUAAAAAAAAAAUAUUUCAAUCUUAUCCACACAGUCAACUGCACAUUCUAUAUGUCAACCAUUAUUUGGACUUAUAUAGAUCAGGAUUUUUAUCACGAUCCUUCAUCUAAUUUCUUGAACGGGUAUAUUCAAGGUUUAGCGACAUACGUUUAUAUAACUGGUACUAAAUUUCUACCAAAAUUAUUUUUAAUAACUUUGCUCUUUGUCAACAUGGCUUUUUGCAAUGGUCUAAAUAGCUUCCUUUCACAAUUUUUAUAGGUGACUCCUCUUUGGCUCAUCUUUAUUUACAAAGUUUAUGUUGAUGAAAAAACAAAUAGAAGAUUAUUUUUAAGCUAAUAAUAAGAGCACGUAUAUAAAUAUAUAAUUUAAAAUGUACUACCGAAUGGUCUUUAUAUAGUUAAAUUUGAUAAAAAAGUUGAAAGAAUUGAAUUAAAUUCGUCUAAUCAAAAACCAAAGCUAUUAAGUUAUGUCAAAAAUAACGAUGAUAUGAAACAUCUAAUGAAAAAUACUAUCUUAGCAAGCGAUGAUGCAAAACUUCAAAAUUUAAUGAAAAGCAAUGCAAUUACUUGGGCUGAUACACUUGAAGGUCAUUUAAGGAGGAAAAUUAGUUAAGCUUUGGAGUGGGGAGAAAAGCGUUUUAUUAAACUCAAAGAUAAAAAUGUAAUUAGAAGCAAGUAAGGAACUAGUUCGAAUGACAGUGAUAACGGAUAGUGUUCUAUCAUCAAUAACAGCAACAUUAAUUUUGAGAAUGGAAGAUCUUUAACAAAAAACACAAUUAACAAUUCAGAUUAAGACAUUCAAAAUAACAGGAACACAUAGAGUACAUACAACUUUCAAUAGUAAUUUUAAAAAAAAAAGCUAUAAGAAUCAUAAAACAAUCAAAUUAUUAGUCUUAAGGGUUAAAAUGGUAAUGGUAAUCUAAGUCCCUUAAAUGAUUUGAAAAAUCUACGCAGUAAAUUAAAAUAAUAUACAUAACCUUCGAAUAAUAAUUUAGAUUAAUAAGAACACAAUUCUAUGGUUGGGUUAAAAUAUCAAUAGACAACACCGGUGUAAAAUAAGCAAAAUAAAACACCUGUUAAUUAAUAUUCCUAAUAAUUAAUAAGCGUUCAAGAGGUUGCAUCUAAUCUUUUAUAUAAUUCAUAAAAUUUAUUAAGCUUACAAAAUUAAGUAGGUUAGCCUAAAAAAUCAAUAAAAGAAAAACUUCCAAAUAAUAACUUAUUAAAAUCUGGUUUAACUUAGCGCAACGUAGCGGCUGCUGCAAGUUAAGCUGUGUUAGAUAAAAAAGUAACCUUAAAUGAAGAAAAUUAAAACACAAUUACAGAUUUAGUUGAAUAUUUCAGUGCAGUCUAUAAAAAGAAUGAUGACACUUAAUAUAAACUUAACCUCCGCUUAAGUACAUUCUACUUGAAUGAAAUUUAUGGUGUUAUUUCUGUUGAAGAUGAAUCUUACAAGGAAAAGUUUGUAUCAAAAGAGCGCGCAUAUUUUAAUUUACAAGAGAUUUUUAUGAGAGCAAUAAAGGAUAUGAAUAAUUUAACUGUUAGCCACCUCUAUAAACUAAUGAGGCAAUAAAACCUAGCAAGUUAAACAGUAGAGCUUGAAAUAAAAAAUAAUUCAGAAAACUUGUAUUAAUUUUUAAAAUUAAAAAAUAAGCUUGACAACUACAAUAGUGCUCUUCAGAUCUUGAGUAGUCGCUUUCCCUAAAAAAUUCAACUUAAUGAAUGUACUGAGUUCAGCUUAUAAAAAGAGCUAAAGCCAUUUUUCGACAUCUGUUUAGCGAAAGCAAAAUUAAGCAAAAUUAAACUUUUAUUCGAUUACAGUCCUGCCAUCCUUUAAAAUGAUUAUCUAUUUACUCAUAAAUAGUUUUUCAAUCAUUUAAUUUUUAAUAUUAUCUUUAAUGCAAUAGAAAAUACUCCACCAAAGGGAAUAAUAGCUGUUCGCAUAGAUUUAAAUUAAGAAAAAACGUAGGUGAAAUUUAAAAUAUUUAACACUACAGUUCAAAAUAUUGAUGCUUAAUAUUUGUAUAACUAUCAUGACCCAAUAACGAUAACAACUCUUAUGAACGAUAUUAAACAUAUUGAUAGACCUCAAUUGGGUCUUCGCUUUGCCCACAGAAUACUCUAAAAACUAGGUCCAUCAUCAAAAAUAGAAUAUACCUAGAAAGAAAACAACAAUUUAUAAGAUUCUUUUAAUAUAGAAAAUAUAUGUGGCUAUCUAGAAUCAGAAAACUCAGCUUACAAAUUCUCACCUCGUUCUUCAGUCAACACAGUCUUCUAAACAUUUUAUUUAUACAAAGAUAUGCAAACAGUUUUACAGCCAAAUAUUUAAGCUAAUAUGCCAAAUUAAUCAAUGCUAAUACAAAAAAGUGUGGUAAGUGACUCAACCGACCUUCUAAAAUAGAGAUUUAUCCUUUAAAAUUAGCUUCAAAAAAAUACACCAUACAUAGCAGAAACUAAAUCUAAUAUUAAGAAUGAGCCAUAAAGGAAUUCAAGUCUUCAAAUUGACAAAUUAACGCCUUAAUAAUUAAAUAUUACUUAGCUGAUAAACGAUAAUUAGGCUUCUUUAGGACUUCAAGUAAUUAACAAAUCAAAUUCUGUUGGUCCAAUCAACUAUAACAAUAGUUCUUCCUGUAUGGUUAUGGAUGAAUCUAAUGACUCAUUUAAAUUGUGGAUUAAAAAUAAACAAAUAGAGGAUUGUAACAAAUCAAUACCAAAGCUUUAUAGUCUAAAAUAAAAUCUAGUAAAUGCAUCAAAAGACUAAAGCUAAAUUUAAAGUGAACAUUUUUCUUCUAUUACUACAAGCAAAAUAAAAGUCUGA